GAAUAUGAACUUCCUGUUAUUGUUUGGGUGACAUUUCACAAUUAUUAUCAAAACUUCAUUAACCAUGAGAGACACUCGUCAUUAAUAAGGAAUUCAGAUAUAUAAAUGUCUCCUGUAAGUGCUCCAUUCACUACUGAUUCAACCUUUCGAACUGUUCAAUAAUUAAUUAGGAACUUUGGGGAAGUUAAAAAGUUAGGAGAGGAAUACAGGUUAGACUUAGAGCCUUCAUAAUAGCACGGACCUAUAGUAAUACAGCUGUGAUUUUCUUGGCCUGCCACAUUGUACACUAUGUACCGAGACUUCCAGCGUACAGAUAGCAACACAAGCGGUGGUUGCGAGGCACCACGCUAUGUGCCAGAUGACACAGAAGCCUCCGCCCUGUUGCAGUACUUGUCUCGGGAAGAACUGGAUGACUACAUUUCCCACCCAGAGAAAAUAGAUGCAAUUGUGAAAGACUUACAUCAAGUAAAAAAGAUUCAAAAAGAUCGAGAUACAAUUGUGGCUAAAAAUAAAAGUUUAGCGGAGUAUAAUAUGAGUUUACAGAGGCCAUUUGCUGAUCGUAAAACUGAGGUUGGAAGAUUAUAUGAGGAAGUGAACAGUAUGAAGUUUUCGUUGGGUACUGAUGUGGCCUCAUUAGAGUCCAAGACAGGGCGCCAAACGCACGAGACAAUGUUAGCAAUCUUCCAAACUCAGGCAGCCUCAUCAGAUGACCAAUCAGAGGCCAUAGCAGAUGAGUUUUGCGGUGACAAUAUGACUUUAGAAACAUUUUUGAGUCAAUAUGUUGAAAAGAGAACUGAGGCGUACAUAAAACGUGCAAAACUGGAGAAAGUAACAGACUUGUUAAGACAAGGUAGCUCCACAACAAACAGCACUGCUCCCUACCCCAGCACAAACUAUUCCCCUAAACCCCAGCCAGCGUCACCGGGAUAUGGGACUGUGAACUAUGGAUCUGCCCCGUACCCGAGUUACGGAAAUGUUGGAGGUUCAAUGCCAAUGCCAUCUUCGCCUUAUAGAUGAGGCUGGAUUGUGUUACUAGUAGGAGCGUUAACUAAAUGUUAACUGUUGUUAGACAUUUGUAUUGUUACAAAAGUAUGUACAUGUACAUCAAUGGUAUGCAUUGUUUCGAACAAUUAUUUAUUUUUAGCGCAGUUGACUGUGUUUUUAACUGUUUCAGAAGUUUUGCACCAAUGCCUAAAGUGGGCUGAUUUUACAAUCGGCAUCCAUUGUUUACUCAGUUUUUACUGUAUCAGUAUACUUUAUAAUUAUGAAGAAGAAGAAUUUUCUUAUUAAUCAUCAUUUUCAUGUUUAACUGCAGAGUAUCAUCAGGCUGUAUAAGUUUAUACACCCAAAUGAGCAUGAUAAGAAUAUACAAUUGCUCAUUACACAAUCUCCCCAUUAUGGAUUAUUAAAAUAAAACUCUUGUUAAAUAAAACUCUUGUUUUAGAAUACAUGCCUUUUCUGUAUCUCUGACAUUUUGGUAUCAUUUUUAGCUGGCGAGUUUGUCAAAGCUAAAAUAUGAGGUUACUUGUAUUGAAUUGCCUUGAUGUUGUCAAAUGCUUUAAUCUUGGCCAUACUUUAAAUGACAGUCAGGUAAUAUAGCCACAUAGUAUGAAACUUGUAAGGUAACCAUAGGUUACCAAUGGUAGUACACACAGCUUUAAUUAUUGUAGAGUCAUGUCCCUUGAUUCAGAUCUACUUGGAAAAAGGGACAAGCACAUCCACUUGGUGUACUUGAUCUUUUUUCAGGACUUACUUUAUGCCUCUUAUUGAGGCAGCUGUUAUGUAUCUGUGUGUUCACUAGGCAGAUUGCUAGUGUUUAAUGUAUAGGUAUGUCAACCAAGCUUUUUGAAGGUUGACCGUUGUGUAAGCUGGCAAACUUGUUAUAAUGUACAUGUAUGCUGAAGUAUCAAAUUCCUUAUAAUAAAUUUCAUGUGUUAUAUCUGCAUCUUUAUUAUCAUACAAAAAUAUACUUCCAUUAUAAGCCAUUUUAACUUGCUGGAUUCUGCAAAUUGUAUGUAACACUGCAUCAACAGUAGUUAUUUUUUUAAACAAAUUAAAAGCAACAUUGAAUUCGACAUUUGUUUGAUAACAUGAACAACUAUCAGGACUUGAGAAAAUGAUAUAAUUAAAUAACUUGUUGACAUCUGUUUCUCACCUACUGAUAUAAAAUUUGUGCAGGACUAAGAUCCUUGAAUGAAACAGACCCUUAAGUAUAUCCCUUGCAGUGUGAUGAUGAAGCCCAAUUGAAUGUAUGAGUUUAUUUCAACAUUUACUUUAUUUCAGCUCCACAUUGUUUUUUAUUGAAUGUCUGUCUAUAUUAAAAACAUGUUUUUUCAAAUGUUUUGAGAUACAUUGUAGAUACAAAUUCAUACAAUCUUGAUGACUUAACACAGUUGCUUUGUAUGGCUGUUAUAGUAAUGUUGAUAUUUAAUGUCAAUAAAUGAUUUAAUUGAGAAA